CAUGAUCACACCCGCCAACAGUGCGUGAUUGAGAUCGUGGAGUACUCCGUGGCGAAGUGCAGUGUGGGGUGGAUGCGGAAGCGAGAGAUGGUGUCGAUGCUGGAGUCGCCGUGGGCGAGGGUGCGGUGGAUCAAUGUGGGUGAGAUCAGUUGGGACGUGCUCAGUGCGUUGGCAAUGCGAUACGGCGUG